AUGCGCGCUUGCUACUUCGCUCUCGCUCUCACCGCACUUCACCACACGUCCGCCCUCGAGUCGACCUCAGCACCCUCAUCGCCAUUUCUUACCUUCGCUUCGCGUGUCCUUCUUGCCGCCUACCUCGAUCAUGUACUUAUGGGCCCGUCCGCAAGACACGUCAGCACGCAAAUCGACCGGUCGCGCGCCCCACGAUCGCGCGGCUCAGCAGCCGCAAAGAGCUCCAGCGACGCGCCGAGAGCACCCGGGCCGCCAGAGGUUUGUGGAGAAUGGGUGGCCAGCGGGACAGAAACUUCAGACAACCUGACAAAGACUAACGUGACGGAGAUGGCCCCAGUGCGCAUAUGUACGAGAAAGCACGAGCGCGGUGAAGACGAGUGGCACAGCCUCCCUAAGAAAAGCCUGUUCGCCAAGGAGGACCACACGUCGAGAACUUGGAGCCAGUCCGCCGAGCACCAAGACGACAAACGGGCAUUUAGCCCAUCCCUGACGGACCAGGUUGAUGAGCCUGGCAGACGCGAGCACGAGGAGACGCAAGCGCGACACGCCGUACACGCCGACCAGCAAGCGCACACUGGGCGAUUACGGUACACCGCUACUACGACACGCAAUGCGCAUGAAUUGGAUGCCCCUGACGGCACCCGUCAGAGGACAAGUUUGAGUCAACGACUUCCUUUGCACUGGGGUGGCCUUGUUGAGGGCUGCUUCCUGUUGAACUCAGUGACGGGUUGGCUCAGCGUGCAGGGCGUGCCGGAAAGAAGACGUUGGCGAGGCAGCGUUGGUGUUGAGUACAACGGGAGCUUGGUACUAGCCAGCCCAGUGGCGAAGGAUGCAGAGGUAGGGAUUACCAACGAGAGAGUCAUGGGGACGACAAGGACCAUGGACGAGGCUUGUGGUUAA